AUGAUAGCCGUAGUUUUUCCAAAUAAAUCACAUUUAAUUGAUGAUCGAGCAGUUAAAAUCAUUGUUUUUUCUAUUUAUCCGAUAGCAAUUCUUCUUUCGUUAUUUGCCGAUUAUGUUUUGCCCUGUUGUCGUACAAAUUAUUCGUACAAAACAUACUCUUACCAAUUUUUUGUUUGGAAUGAAUCAACUACAAAUUAUAAAAAUAUGAUAAUGGAUUUACCUAUGAAUAUAAUUACAACUACAAUAAUUUUUAUAUGUUAUGGAGCUAUAUUUACAAAAGUAAUUAAAACUAAUCGUAAAAAUGUUAUUCAAAUGCCUUCAAAUACGGAAUUCAAGAAAAGUAAACGUAAAAGUGAACUAAAAUGCGCAGCACAUUUUGCUUUAAUUUCUACUUUUUAUAUAGCUGUAUGGGUAUCGUAUAGAAUAUUUCCAUUAAUUGUUUCAUCAUCUACUCCUGAAUGGUAUUCCUUAACUGGAUUUUUUAUGAUUUUAAAUAUAUCUUCUAAUGCCAUAAUUUAUUUUACAAUGAAUAAAGAAGUCCAAAAACAAUUAAUUAUCUCUGCUUAUACUUUAUUUGGUUUGCCAACCACAACUUUAACAAAUCCUUCAAACAAUUUAAUAAAUAAUAAUAGAAAUAAUAAUCUGCAAGAAAGAUGGGCUAAUCAAAGACCAACACAGCUUCAACCUGUGAAUAAAAUUGUUAGAUAA